ACUUUUAUAGAUUGAUUUAUGUACGAAAACUAGAUCCCCUAAACAGGGGACACAUGAAGGGAAAUAUCAAUCUCUAUCUGUUGACUUGCAACGACUUGGAAAUUUCGUUAUUUUGUUUGGCUGGAUUACAAUGUGCUAAAAACUAAGAAUUAUCCCAUGAUUUCAUUGGUAAUUUCGUAUCAUAGAGUUUGGAGGCAUGAAGCAUGUUCAAUCUCCGUUACGACUAUCUGUGGCACUUUAAACGUGAGCGGGGCCUCUGAUGCGAGUAUUCAACUACUCAUCCAACAGCGUGCGUUCAUAAAAUGGAGAAAUGCUUGGGAAGCAUCAGAUGCAAUGAGCAGAAGUGGAUCUGGAUCACCUCCUAUACAUGAGCCUUGCUUGCAUGUACUCACAAUUACACAACUCUUUUAAUCAUGUACCGUUGUGUUAUCAUCAGCAUCAUCCUCUACUCUGUGUUGAGCAGAACCACUUUGUGCAGUUAUGUGGAUCCACAGUUUGAAGCAUGUAAACCCCAAACAUGCGGCAACCAAUCCAUAAGCUACCCUUUCUACAUCCAAUACAAGCAGGAACCUUUCUGUGGGUACCCUGGUUUUGGCAUCUCUUGUGAUAGUAAUGGCUUCCCAGUUCUCAAUCUCUCUAAUACUCCUUACAUCAUCCAUCAAAUAUUCUACCACAACCAAUCACUCAGAGUCGCCAAUGCUGCCUUUUCAUCAACCAACACCACCACAGCUGAUUAUUGUCUUUCCCUUACACGGAACCUCACCCUUCCCUCAACCAAGAUCUUCAGUCUUGUUCAUCAGAAUCAUAAUAAGGACAUCUUACUGUUCUUCGGCUGUAACCUGUCAUCCCUGCCCACAGAGUUGACAAAUUACAGAAUUGGGUGUUCUGAAGCCAACAACAAAACGGGUGGUUCGAUUCUGGCAUUGUAUAAGGACGAUGUCAAAACAGUAAGCUCGGUGUCUAAGAGUUGCGGGAGGGGCGGAGAGGUGGUGCACGCGGGGGUGGAAGAGAGUGAAGCAGGAGGGAUACAAGAGGCGCUGAGGAGAGGGUUCAUGCUGAAUUGGAAUGCGAGUGAUUGUAAGCCGUGCAGUAGCAGCGGAGGAAGGUGUGGCUUCAAUGUAACUAUGUAUUUUUUCCAGUGUUACUGCACUGAUAGAAUUCAUGCUUCCAGAUGUGUUAUUCCAGAUGGUAGAAGCAAGGCUUCCAUGAAGAUUGGACUUGCACUCGGACUAGCCUUUGCAGCUGCUGCAGUUAUUCUGCUGUUAGUAAUGGUCACCUACUACACAAGAUGGAAGAAGGAAAACUCAAAACACCACCUGGUUGAUGCCUUUUUGGAGAGACAUGGACACCUUCAAAUCAAGAGGUACAGCUAUUCCGAGAUGAAGAAAGUGACCAAUUCCUUCAAAAACAAACUAGGCCAAGGGGGGUUUGGCAGUGUAUACAAAGGACAAUUACAGGACGGACGACAUGUAGCAGUGAAGAUCCUAAGUGAACUGAAAGGUGAUGGUGAUGAUUUCAUCAAUGAAGUUGCUAGUAUGAGCAGAACCUCUCACGUUAACAUUAUUGCUCUUCUUGGAUUCUGCUUUCAAGGUUCCAAACGAGCUUUGGUUUAUGAAUUUAUGCCCAAUGGGUCACUUGAGAAGUUAAUCUAUGAAGAAAAUGCUGUGAUAGGGGAUCGCCAAUUGGAUUGCCAGACUUUAUAUGAUAUUGCAAUUGGUGUUGCCCGAGGACUUGAAUAUUUGCACAAGGGCUGCAAUACUAGAAUCUUGCAUUUUGACAUUAAGCCUCAUAACAUUCUAUUAGAUGAAAAUUUCCUACCCAAAAUUUCAGACUUUGGACUUGCAAAAAUUUGCACAAGAAAAGAAAGUAUAGUAUCAAUAUUUGGUGCUAGAGGAACUGUAGGUUAUAUUGCCCCGGAGGUAUUUUCUAGAAACUUUGGUGUAGUAUCACAUAAGUCAGAUGUUUAUAGUUAUGGAAUGAUGGUCUUAGAAAUGGUUGGAAGAAGAAAGAAUAUCAAGGCUGAAGUUGAUGCAUCGAGUGAGAUAUAUUUUCCUUAUUGGAUACACAAUAGACUUGUAUCAAAUCAAGAGCUUGGUCUGCAAAAUAUAAGAAAUGAAUAUGAUAAUGAGAUGGUCAGAAAGAUGACAAUAGUGAGUUUAUGGUGCAUUCAAACCAAGCCUUCAACUCGACCAUCAAUUAGUAAGGUGGUGGAAAUGUUGGAAGGAAGAACUGAGUUGUUGCAAUUGCCUCCUAAACCAUAUUGGUUUUCUCCUUCAAACUCUCCCUGAACUUUGAACCACUGUAGUUUAUAUCUUGUUAGUCAAGACAUUGUAUCAGAAUUUGGUGGUAGCCAAUAAAGAAGGCAUAUUGCCAUUCUUAUUACCUUUAUGAAGACACUCCCCUCACUUUUUGUAAUUCAUUCCUUUUUGUUAUGAAUUCAAUUUAAGAGAAUAAUACCACCUCUCUUUCUGGA